UUCAAAAAAUGUGCGGAUUCGCCACGUGUCCAUCCACGUUUCCGUACUCCCCUCCCUCCCUCCCGCAACGUCGCUCUUCUCCGUUCCUAUCUAUGGCAGCAUCCCACACACACACAUACACAAUUCCUCAUUUAUUAUCCGUAACUAUGCGACGUCCAUUACGGCUCCGCACUCCUAAUUCAUGUAAAUUUCCCUCCCGCGUUUCCUGAAGAAAUGCUGCUGUCGUUGCGCUGUGAUUCAGAGAAAAAAUAAUGUCUAACAAUCGGCGAAACCCUCCCGGGAUUCUCCUGAUUCGGAGCCUCCGAGGAAAGGAUUGGAGCCUAAAAACCUACAGAUACGUCGUUUUGUUGGUUACAUUCGUAGCGUAUACCGCUUAUCAUGCUUCUAGAAAACCUAGUAGUAUAGUCAAGAGCGUGCUAGAUCCAGGGCAGCAGGUUAAUUGCACCGGAAUCCGGCCGUGGCCGGUUGGGGAAAUGUUUAUUGAGAGGGAGCCGGUGAUGAUGGUGAUGAAGUAUCAGGGAUGGGCUCCGUUCAAUGGCAAGGAUGGGACAUGGAGAUUGGGGGCGAUCGAUUUGGCGUUUCUAGGUUGUUAUGCGAUGGGGAUGUACGUGGCUGGGCAUUUGGGGGAUAAAUUGGACCUUCGGAUGUUUCUGACGACUGGAAUGGUUGGGAGUGGGAUAUUCGUAGGGUUGUUUGGGAUGGGUUAUUUUUGGGAUGUUCACGUUUUCGCCUUUUAUUUGGCGAUGCAGAUGAUUGCAGGGCUGUUCCAAGCCACGGGGUGGCCUUCGGUUGUUGCUGUGAUUGGGAAUUGGUUUGGGAAGAGGAAGAGGGGAUUGAUAAUGGGUGUGUGGAAUGCUCAUACUUCCAUUGGGAAUAUUACUGGAUCAUUGCUUGCCGCUGGCGUGUUGCAGUAUGGGUGGGGAUGGUCUUUUAUUCUUCCUGGGGCGUUUAUAUUUGUGACUGGGAUAUUAGUGUAUCUCUUCUUGCCUGCUUACCCCGAAGAUAUUGGAUUUCCUAGCCCCAACGAUUCACAUGGGAAGGCUGUGGUUUCGCCUCAAGAUGAAGAGGCCCAGAGAUUGAAAGAUAGUUUGAUUGGAAAUGGGCAUAAUUCGGGCCAGCUGAGCUCUGGGAAUAGGAAAAGUAUUGGACUCCUUGAAGCUUGUUUGAUACCUGGAGUUAUUCCGUUUGCACUCUGUCUCUUCUUUGCAAAGCUGGUUGCAUACACGUUCCUGUAUUGGCUGCCUUACUACCUUAGUCAGACUGCUGUUGAGGGACAGUUUAUGUCAGUGAAGUCUGCAGGAAAUCUUUCUACUUUAUUUGAUGUCGGAGGAAUAAUUGGUGGAAUUUUAGCUGGUUAUAUAUCCGACAAGCUUAGAGCUCGGGCUACUACUGCUGCUAGCUUCAUGUACACUGCAAUACCUGCUAUGCUUCUUUACCGUAGAUAUGGAAGUAUUUCAAAAGCCAGCAACGUUGCUCUUAUGAUGAUAGCUGGUUUACUUGUAAAUGGACCUUAUGCACUUAUUACAACUGCAGUCUCUGCUGAUCUUGGCACUCACAGUUCUUUAAAAGGCGAUUCUCGAGCAUUGGCAACAGUUACAGCAAUAAUUGAUGGUACUGGAUCUAUUGGUGCUGCCUUAGGUCCUCUUCUCACUGGAUUUCUUUCUUCACAGAGUUGGGAUGCAGUUUUCUAUAUGCUUAUACUUGGUGCUUUUGCUGCUGGUCUGCUUCUUACUCACUUGGUAAUUGCGGAAAUUAAAGAGAAAUUCUCCAAACAGUUGUCCUCUGAACAAAAUGAUAAUUCAGGUGAAGCAUCUCGGCCCCUUUUGUCUGAUCAAAGGCGUUGAGCAUCAGCAUCGACAUCUUGAUACGAAGAGAGAACUGAGAAAAGAGUUGGUUUUACACGUUACCUGGUAGGUUGCAUGAAACAAAAAGUAGUAUAAUUCAACGCUCUAGAAAGUAGUAACUUAUGAAAUAGUUGUGUAUGCUUAUUAUAUAUAGUGUCAUGUUACGAGAAGGCCUCAUCAGCUUGGACUACUUCUGCUGAUAUUCUUCCAUCUCAUUUUGCCGCUGAUGGAAGAAAGGGUUUGCCUCAAAUUCUUGUCAAUGUAGUUUUGUAGGCUCUCUUUUUUGUUUUUUUUUUUGUUUUAUGCGACUAAAGAUUUUGUCCUUUUUCUUCAAUGCAUUGCUAGUGAAAACUCUCGUGCAAUUUCUUUUAUGCGGGGGAUCAUUUUAUGGUGUCUCUGGUAA